AUGCUGACGCUGUUCAGCCUGCUGCUGGUAACCCCAGUGGUGCUGGCUCACAACGUGAACGAUACACUGCUAUGGGGUGCGUAUAGACCGAACCUGUACUUUGGGCUGCGCCCGCGUCUCCCGCAAUCUCUCAUGACCGGCCUCAUGUGGUUUGGAACACAGGACUACCAAUCCUUGGGUCGUAUGUACUUCCUUUGGAAUGCCGGACACUUGAAUGACUUUUACCAAGAAACCAGACAUGCGUGUGAUCAAGGGGACAACCUUGCCAGCUAUACGUGGACGGAAUAUGACCCCAGUGAGGGUGGAGUGCAAGUCAUCAAGGACACGCGUAAUAACGUCAAAAUCACGACCGAGUUCUUGAAGGUUGCGGGUGGUGAUCAUGGGGGAAGCUGGGCCGCGCGAGUCAAGGGUGAACCCAUUGAUCCUUCUACGCCAUCCAGUAUCUCUACCAUCUUUUACUUCGGGCUUGAAGGUAUUGGCGGACUGGAUAUGGAGACAGAUGAGGACGAGAACGGAUUGGAGGGACCCGUUAAACUCUCGGGGUCUACCCCCGAUUUGGAUGAAUUCACCCUCAAGAUUGUAGAUGGCCCUAACAACGUCGCACCAACUGAGGGACCUUAUUACGAAGAGUUUCAAGAGCGCAUAGGCAAGACUCACUAUCUCGGGCUCACUGUGCCGCCAGGGGACGUAUGGAAAGCCAAAGUAGACAUUAUCAUGAAUAACUUGAUCAAGCGCGCCCAAGGUGUCCUCCAACCGUACCGGGAAUCGCCCACACCGCCGCAUCCAUCAUUCACUCUACAGCUCCCCGACGAAGUCUAUACUAGCAGUAACCUCUUUGCAUACCAGAAGAUGUUCGAAGGUCCAUUCCAGUUUGACGUCCUUUAUGACAGUGGAAGCGCGAAACAGAAACUCAGCCCUUCUAUACUCGAUCAAGGGAUUCCUGCACUGGUUGCAUCAUACAAACAACGGUUUCAAGCGACUUUCCCCAUCCCUUCCGACUACCCCAUUUCCAACCGCGCUUCCCUCGAAUCUUUCUCCCGAGAUAUCACUGCCAAUCUCAUUGGAGGUGUCGGAUAUUUCUAUGGCACUUCUAUUGUCAACCGAGGGUUUGCUCAUGAAUGGGACGAAGACGACGAGACUUCCAGCCAUAAUUUCGACAACGGACCGACCAUUACGGAACCGAAAGCACUGCUCACAGCUACUCCGAGUCGUAGUUUCUUCCCCCGAGGGUUCUAUUGGGACGAGGGAUUCCAUCUUCUUCAUAUUGGCGAAUGGGAUAACGAUUUCAGUCUAGAGAUUUUGAAGGAUUGGAUUGGCCUUAUUGAUGAAGACGGCUGGGUUGCUCGUGAACAGAUUCUUGGAGAGGAAGCGCGCAGCAAGGUCCCAGUGGAAUUCCAGACGCAAGUCCCGACUUACGCAAAUCCUCCGACGCUCACCGUCGCUGUGACCGCUUUCAUUGAACGUCUGAAAGCCCAAUCGUCCGGCCCUUCAUCACAGGACCUUGGCAUGGAUUACUCCGUCGGAGGGUCCCAGAUACCUCUCCGAACUGACAGCUCUAAAUCUGGAGGUAAAUACCUUGAAUCCCCGGAGCAUGCUAUGGCUUUCCUAAAGUCUAUCUACAAACCUCUCAAGAGACAUUAUGACUGGUUCCGACGGACCCAGCGAGGACAAAUCAAACAGUACGGUCGUCAAGCACGCUCGAGAACGGAAGCUUAUCGAUGGCGAGGGCGGACUGAGACCCAUGUCUUGACCAGUGGAAUGGACGAUUACCCUCGUGGUCCGCCACAUGCAGGCGAACUGCAUCUGGACUUGAUUUCGUGGAUGGCUUUCUUCACCAGGACGAUGAAGCAGAUUGCGGGGUUCAUUGGGGAAACUGAUGAUGAGUUAACCUUCAUCGAGAUCGAGAAGGCUAUCAUUGGGAAUAUCGAGGACCUUCAUUGGAGCGAGGAAGAUAAGAUGUACUGCGACGUAGGCGUGAAUGACGAAGGCAAUUUUCUAGAUGAAUCGUACUUCGUCUGUCACAAAGGCUACCUCUCCCUGUUCCCCUUCUUACUCCAACUCCUUCCCCCCGACUCCCCCCAUCUCCCCCAUAUUUUGUCACUGAUGCGCGAUCCCGCCCAUCUUUGGACACCUUACGGCCUUCGCAGUCUGUCGCAUUCACACCCCGAGUUUGGCAAAGGCGAAAAUUACUGGAAGGGACCAAUAUGGAUCCAGAUGAAUUAUCUUGCCCUGAGCGCUCUACACAAAACAUAUGCGAAGCAACCAGGACCGCACCAAGCCCACGCGCAGGAGAUAUAUACGAAGUUGAGGCAGAAUGUCAUAAACAACGUUUUCAAGGAAUAUGAACGAACAGGGUAUGUGUGGGAGCAGUAUAACGCCAUGACAGGUGAAGGUCAGCGCAGUCACCCAUUCACUGGCUGGACGUCCCUUAUCACGUUGAUCCUAUCCGAAAAGUAUUAG